CCCCUCUUGUUCCUCGCUCAAUCCAAACCCUAGACUUCAUCGUUGGGGCUAUCUUUAUGCGUGUAUAUAUACAUACAGAUUUUUGUGUAUGCGCCUGCCCGGACGGUGAUCGGAGGUUAGGGUGAGAGAUUCGGGGGAACGCCGUUCUUGAUUCAUGAUUUCGGUGACAUCGGAAUUGGAGGUGUUUGGCCGGAGAUUCGCUGAAGUUCAACGCCGCCGGUCCGUUUCAUGGCUUCCGCCGUACUAGCUAGCCGCAAUGAAUCGAGCUGGGGCCAAUCCGGUGGCGGAUUUAUGGGCAAACUCCCUUUCACCAACCAUCUGAACUCUAACCCUAACCCUAACCCUAACCCUAACUCCAUUUCGAAGAAGAAGCAAUUUCACGCGCUCCCGGGUCAGGCGAAUGGGCGGCAGAUCAAUGAUUCGGCGGCCGUCACACGUUCCGUCUCUGACGAUGCAUUGCCGUUCAACCGCACCGAAUCCAACAGCCGCGCUGAUUUCAAUCCCGGCGGGUACAUUAGCUUCAACGUCGCUACGUGUUCCAGAAGCGAGAUAAUCGAACUCCAGAAGCGACUGGUUUCGGAGCUGGAACAGAUCCGGCGGUUGAACGAUCGCAUCGAGUCCGGGAAAUUCCAGCCCCAACCUCUUGGCAAAAGCAAGAAGCUUUCCGGGAAGAAGAGGCCGAUUCCUUUUGUUCCUUCCAAAGAUUCGAAGAAGCCGUCCCAAUCGACGUCCGAUAAUAAAGGUCUUGAUGCCAACGAGAUUGGGAGUUUGAUGAAGGUGAGCAGGCAGGUGUUAACGAAGUUGUUGAAGCACAAGCACAGUUGGAUUUUCAACAAGCCGGUCGAUGCUGUGGCGUUGGGGCUUCAUGAUUAUCAUCAGAUAAUUAAGAACCCUAUGGAUCUAGGAACAGUGAAAUCGAAAUUUGGCAAGAAUUUGUACUCUACGCCGGCCGAUUUUGCAGCAGAUGUGAGAUUAACCUUUAACAAUGCACUGCUGUACAAUCCAAAGGGCGAUGAGGUACAUUCAUUGGCCGAACAGCUUCUUGCUCGUUUUGAGGAGUUGUAUAGACCGAUACAGGAGAAGUACGAGGUCGAACCGAGAGAGCAACGUGGCGUCGUCAGCGAUGAAUUACAGGGGAGCUCAUGGAAUCGCAUUCCGACCCCUGAAAAGGCUAAGAAACCGAGGCCAAGUUCUGCUCCUGCUCAACCAAAACAUGAGAAGAUGCAAAUGCCUGCCAGUGUGUCAAAUGCCACAUCGUCAAAUCCACCCUCGGUGCAAUCUCCAGUUCAUACUCCAUCACCAGUUCCGGCGCAGCCUGUGAAGCCGGCAGUGGUGAGGCCAAUUCCGGGGAAGCUGCCAAAGCCGAAGGCAAAAGAUCCCAACAAGAGGCCAAUGAGCAUUGACGAGAAGCACAAGCUAGGUCUUGGAUUGCAGAGUUUACCUCAGGAGAAGAUGCCUCAGUUAGUCCAGAUCAUAAGGAAGAGAAAUCAACAUUUGGGGCAAGAUGGGGAUGAAAUCGAGCUCGACAUUGAGGCUCUUGAUACGGAGACCCUUUGGGAGCUUGAUCGAUUUGUGACGAACUGGAAGAAGAUGGUGAGCAAGACUAAGAGGCAAGCACUCAUGAUGAACAAUUCAGCUUCAGCAAUGGCCACUGGAACGGCCUCUGGCGAGGACAAUGCGCUCUCUGUUAGUGAAAAAGCCGAUACUGUCAAGAAGCCGAAGAAAGGAGACGCUGGGGAUGAAGAUGUGGAUAUUGGCGAUGAGAUGCCAAUGAGCAGCUUCCCACCAGUUGAGAUUGAGAAGGAUGAUGGUGGCCAUGAUAACGCCCAUGCCACCAGCAGCUCUAGCAGUUCUAGCAGCUCUAGCAGUGAUUCAUCCUCAUCAAGUGAUUCUGAUUCGGGGAGCUCUUCAGGUAGUGAUUCAGACGCAGAUGAAGCACAGUCAAGGGGCCUGGAAUCCAAGGAAUUCUCAAAGACUUGAGAGGCCAUGGAUGAAUAAAUCAAUUAUGUGAAAUCAGUUCUUCCCCUUCGGGAAGAAGGGGAUUCGAUGUUGUGCGGUGACUGUUGCUGAGGUAUAGGUCGCUCUUUCCUACUUGGAUGCGGAUCCAUAGAAAUGCUGAAAUGAGCUGAAUUAAUGAUCCAUGCCUGGCCUGCGUGUUCUGAAUUACUUUGUGGGUUUUGGGUUGCUGUCACAGCUACAGGAAGGAGGUUGUAUUAUUGGCAGCUGAGUGUUAGCUGGGAGCAAUUGGGUGAGCCUCCCAGUUGCAGAAAACCAUGUGUAGUUGUAAGAAGAUUUGAGAAAUGUAGUUGUGAUUGGAGUUAAAGAAGAGGGUGAAUUCCUAAUUAGAAGAAGUGGCUAGAAGAAGAGAUGUGUAGAGAGUUGAGACUUCUUUUGUACAGUUUACAAACACUAAUACACCUGAUUUUUCUUCCUUGCAGAA